GGGCGGCUGGAGCUCCGGGAGCCGGGCCGGGGGCGGGCCUCCGCCUGCUGCGCCCGAGCCGGGAGAGCCCGGGCACCGCGGCCACCGACACAGCCACUGUCCCCGUUCCCGAACGCUGAGGCGCGCGCGGGCUCCCGGGUGACCCGAGAGGGGGGCCGCGGGAGAGAGCGCGAGGCGGCGCGGGGUGGGCCGCACGCAUCCCAGGCCGCCCCCCGCGCGCGCGUGGCCGGGCCCAGAGAAGCCCCAGCGCUGGGAGCGCCGGCCCGGCGCGGGCGAGGGCGAUGCCGCGGUGACGGCCUCGCCAUGGCGAAGCCCCCGGCGGUGGCGGCGGCGGCUGCAGCGGCGGCGUCGGAGGAGCUGAGCCAGGUGCCGGACGAAGAACUGCUGCGCUGGAGCAAGGAGGAGCUGGCGCGGCGGCUGCGGCGCGCCGAGGGCGAGAAGGUGGGCCUCAUGCUGGAGCACGGCAGCCUGAUGCGCGACGUGAACCGGCGGCUGCAGCAGCACCUGCUGGAGAUCCGCGGCCUCAAGGACGUGAACCAGCGGCUGCAGGACGACAAUCAGGAGCUGCGCGAGCUCUGCUGUUUCCUGGACGACGACCGGCAGAAGGGGCGCAAGCUGGCGCGCGAGUGGCAGCGCUUUGGGCGCCACGCGGCCGGCGCUGUGUGGCACGAGGUGGCCCGCUCGCAGCAGAAGCUGCGGGAGCUCGAGACGCGCCAGGAGGCCCUGCUUCGCGAGAACCUGGAGCUGAAGGAGCUGGUGCUGUUGCUGGAUGAGGAGCGCGCGGCGCUAGCGGCGGCGGGGGGCGCUAGUGGCAGCGGCGGCGGCGCGGGUUCCCGCAGCUCCAUAGACAGCCAGGCUAGCCUGAGCGGGCCGCUGGCGGGCAGCGCGGCGGGCUCGGGGACCCGCGACGUUGGCGACGGCAGCAGUACGUCCAGUGCGGGCAGCGGCGGCAGCCCGGACCACCACCACCACGUCCCACCGGCGCUGCUGCCCCCCGGACCGCACAAGGGUCCAGACGGCAAGGCCGGAGCCACGCGCCGGUCCCUGGAUGACCUGUCGGCGCCGCCGCACCAUCGAAGCAUCCCUAACGGCCUGCACGAUCCCUCAUCCGCCUACAUCAGGCCACUGGAGACCAAGGCGAAGCUAUUGGAGGGUGACAAGCUGCCCCCACAGCAGGCAGGUUCUGGAGAGUUCCGGACACUGCGGAAAGGAUUCUCCCCAUACCACUCAGAAUCCCAGCUUGCGUCCCUGCCACCCUCCUACCAGGAAGUCCUGCAGAACGGCCCCGCCUGCCCUGUACCCGAGCUGCCCUCUCCUUCCACCGCCUACAGCUCUGCAGGACAGAAGCCCGAGGCUGUUGUGCAUGCCAUGAAGGUUCUGGAAGUACAUGAAAACCUUGACAGGCAGCUUCAAGACAGCUGUGAGGAGGACCUCAGUGAGAAGGAGAAGGCCAUCGUUCGAGAGAUGUGCAAUGUGGUCUGGAGGAAACUGGGAGAUGCUGCCAGCACCAAGCCCUCCAUCCGGCAGCACCUGUCUGGUAACCAGUUCAAGGGGCCUUUGUAGGGCCAUUCCUCCACGGAUGUGAACUGGCCCUGCCUCGAGUCAGACCUUGGACCUGGCAGAAACUCUGGCCUAGCCACUAUCUUUCUCUUUGGUGAAUUGUACAUAGGACACGGCCCACCCUGGCUGCCUUGGUGUGACACUGACGGCCAGGAUGCCACCUCCUGCUCCCUCACCAGCAAACCUUGGGAAGACAAGAAGCCACAGGAUGUUUGCUGCCCCAGAAUGGCCAGGCAGCCUGGCUCCCUGUUUGAGUUCCAUGUUCCUCGAGCAACAAGCUUCUGAGACUCCAGGGACUGUCUGGGGCCGUCCUGCUCUUGGUGGAAGCCCCUCGUCAAGCCUUCACACUGGACAGAAGCCACCAGAGCCUGAAUUGUGACACAGGUGGCACUUUUCUGCCAUGGCCAGGACCCUGGGUUAUGGAGCACCAGCUCCCUUGUGUCCAUGGCUGGCUGGGAGCUCAGGGUUCCCUGCUACCUGGGGGUUGGUGCCUCCCUAGCCACCCCGCUGCCAGCUGCUGCUUAUUAGCGUUCCACCCUUUUGGCAACGUCCCUGCCCAUGCCAGGCUUAGCCGUCUCUUAGGUCUCUCCUGCGAGUUUCCUUUUCUGGUUUACAGCAACAUAGGAAGUCCUAGAACAUGUCUGGGCUGAGCUCAGCAUUCUCUGUGGACGGGAAGAACUGGGCCAUGGAGCUGGGUCAGUGUAGCCUACCCCCAGGUGCACCCAGGGUCACUAUGGAUGGAGCUGCAGGAGCCGCCCCUGAUGAGUUUUCCUUGGGAAGGAAGGGGCAUGACCUGGUUCUGGCUUUAAUUUGCUGUGUGGCCUUCAGCAAGUCACUCAGCUUCUCUGAGCCCCUAGUAAAAAGAUGGGCUGAGGUUCCUUUUUGCUCUGCUCACUCCAGAAACCACCCCACUUUGGUGUUCCUCUGCCGUCUCUCAAAACAGAUGAGCUCAUGUGGUGUCCUACUGGGAACAUAUUAAGUGGCUAGCCUGUUGGCCAUGCUGUCUCCUUCACAGGUCACCUCUCUGAGCCUCAGUCCCUACGGACUGAAGUAAGUGCUUCAGUGUACAUGAUCAUGCCUCAGACUGCGAAGCAUGACUGACAGGGAUGUUUUCUAACUUGGCGUGAGGAAAAUGAGUAAUAACUCGAGAGCUGUAGGAAGACCAGGCCAUGCUGCUGGCAUCAUCCUCGCUCAAUGGUACUUCGAGCCCCGUGCAGCAAGCACUUCAGCCCAAAGAGCGCGUCCUCGCCUCAGGCAGGUCUCCCUCAGGCCCCACCUACACCCUGUGAGCAAAGAGGACAGGCCAAGAAGGUGGGUGGCAUCCUGGCUCCCCUCCCAGGCAAAGCCGUGACCUUGGGCCAUUCUCACCUUUGCUGCUGCACCCUUGGGUCCCACACUCUCAGGGGAAAGGCCCAUGGCCCUCGUUGUACCCAGGGGGCGUUGUGCAGGGGUACAGGAACAGGCCUACCGCUCUGGCUGUGGGGCACCAGGAAGCUCUUUGUAGAAGAGCUGAUGUAUGGUCAAGUGAUUAACUUGUUGGCACCCCGCCUGCUGGCGUGGGUACUUGGUGAUUUCUGCUAAGUGGGCUGCUGGGCAGGCAGGACCCUUCCUGGUUCUUUGAGGCCAAGGAACCCCAGAAUAACACUGAGGUAAAUGGGUCCACACAAGGUGGGAGCCUCGUCCCGGAGUCCCAGGUAGUCACAUUUGUAUCAGGAUGGCUUAGCCACCGCUGACAUAAGCAAUAAGUAAGGAAGGGCUCCUGGAGGCUGGAGACUGGCCUUUCUGGAGAGGUGUGGCCCAGUUCCUAAUGCUGCAGAGGCAUCGUGGGAAUCCAAAGAACGUGUUUUGGAGAACCCUCUGCCUUUCCACAGGGUGGAGCAAACUUUGCCCCAGCUUUCAGCAUUGGGCUAGCUCUCUAGGACAGUCUGUCUGUCAUAUCUCAAACCUAACAGCCAGGAGGGGCUAGCAGCAACCCCGUGAGCCCUGGGCUGGGGAGGGCAGGCGGUCUUCCAGGCUCCCCCCUCCCCCAAUCUGGAGCCUUAGCUUUUGCAAUGCUGUCCAUCUCAAGCUCACAUGAUGCUUGCACUGGCUCCACCUCCCACUGUGACGGAGGCCACCGGGCCCAUCCAGGUGGCCUCGCCUACCCUGGAGUCAGAAUCUGCUGAGCACAUUUUCACUCCCGUCCAACAGCCACAAGCCAGUGUUUAAAGACAAAGUGACCUUUCAUUUUUCUUUCCUGAAACUUGAGAGGAAGUGAGAUACUACUGAUUUUUUUUUUUAAAGAAACAGACUAAAUGCAUGGCUGCAGAGUGGCAGAGGUGUAUAUUUUCAUACUGUGGGGGAAAGUGUGCUGCUUUUGGGAGGGGCUGGAAGGCCGGCUUCCUGCCCUGGGCCAGUCUUCUGUAGGCGCUGAUGGCGGUGAGACCUGCAGCUGCCCCCUCCUGCCCUGGCUGUGUACAGAGCUGGAGCCUGUGGACUUCGGCUGUUUCUACCUUCUAUUGAACCACUUUGAUUUGUGGAGAGAGAAAAAUAGAACUUUUGAUAGUGUGGUAAAAGCAUUGAUUUGAACUAUUUUAGUAAAAGGAGUAACAAAUAAGAUUGUGACAGUGUCUAUUUGAACUAGAUAAUAAAGGCCUCUUUGUGAGCCUGCGA